CAAAGACAUAAAACAAAGUAGUUGUCUGGGUUAUGUGACGUCGUGUUUUCAAACGGUAUCACAAAGAACACGUUCUGGGAUUUUGCUUCGCGACGUUGAUCGACUAGAACGAUUAUCAAGAAGAUGAUGGUGCUGGUGGUCGCGGGCAGUAGCUAUGAUCGGAGCUCGGGGCUGGCGAAGGCGGAAUCCUGCGAUUGAUGGGUCCCGUCAUGAUUGCCACUACCCGAGUGGCGUGCACAGUCCUGAAUUUUCCAGUGUCGAUGUUCCUUUCCAGUGUCGUCGGUCAUAUAGCCUCAAUGGGUAUGGCUAUGACUCAAACCUAGGGUUUAUAGGCAGUUUACCAUGGCCAAGGCUGUUGGCAGUAGCUGUGAUGCCAAAUAUUCCUGCUCAUUGAAACUCCUAGAGAUGUUCUAAAGCCUCCAUUGUUGUGAUUUCUUGGCGAUUUCAGCCUCUGUUCUUCGGUAGGAACUGUGAUCAAAUCCAUAAAUUUUGCAUUGGCAGGAUUGAAAGAAUGGAUGUCAAGCAAAAAGGUUAAAUUGCCAUUAGGUGCAUUUCCCACAACAGGAGAAAUAGUUUGCGAGCCUCUUGGUCUGGUCCUUAUUAUCUCAUCUUGGAAUUUUCCUAUUGGACUGUCUUUGGAACCACUGAUAGGGGCAGUGGCAGCAGGAAACACAGCAGUUUUAAAGCCUUCAGAACUGGCUCCUGCUUGUGCUGCUCUUCUUGCAAAUACCAUUCCCAACUAUUUGGACAACAAAGCUAUCAAGGUCAUCGAAGGGGGGGCCAGUGUUGGAGAACAACUCCUGCAGCAGAAGUGGGACAAAAUUUUCUUUACUGGAAGCACCCGAGUGGGACGUAUUGUUAUGUCUGCGGCUGCAAAGCAUUUGACUCCUGUUGCAUUAGAGUUGGGUGGAAAAUGCCCUGCUGUUGUUGACACCCUCUCUAGUUCUUGGGACAAAAAGAUGACCGUAAAACGACUGGUUACGGGGAAAUUUGGGGUCUGUGGUGGACAAGCAUGCGUUGGAGUUGAUUAUAUCCUCGUAGAAAAGCAGUUUGCAUCCACUUUGGUGGAGUUAUUGAAAGACAUGAUCAACAGAUUGCAUGGGGAAAACCCCAAAGAAUUGAGCAGUAUUGCAAGGAUAGUUAAUGAGCAGCAUUUCUCUAGACUGAAAAAUAUUCUAAAUGACCCUACAGUUAAACCUUCUAUUGUCCAUGGCGGUUCACUAGAUGAAGACAACCUGUUCAUUGAGCCCACAAUUUUAGUAGAUCCCCCACUCAAUUCGGCAAUCAUGACCGAGGAAAUCUUUGGCCCUUUGCUUCCAAUAAUUACUUUGAUGAAAAUUGAAGAUAGUAUUCAAUUCAUAAACUCCAGACCGAAGGCACUUGCUCUUUAUGUCUUCACUAAAAAUGAAGCAUUCAAGAGAAGAAUAAUAGCAGAGACAUCAUCAGGAAGCGUGACACUUAAUGACAAUAUUAUUCAAUAUGCAGCGGAUACCCUGCCAUUUGGUGGGGUUGGUGACUCUGGCUUCGGCAAGUAUCAUGGGAAAUUCUCGUUCGAUUUGUUCACCCACCAGAAGGCAGUCCUGAGAAGGAGCUUCCUCACUGAGUUUUGGUUUGGAUACCCUCCAUGGAAUGCUAACAAACUCAGACUCCUGAGGUUAGCUUACAACUAUGAUUAUAUGGGAAUUCUUCUUACCAUACUGGGUUUGAAGAGAUCUUGACCAGGCUGAACCAGAUUUAUCUGUUCUUUUAGUGAGAGAGAGAUGAAGCAGAGAACACUUUAGGAGACUACUUGGUUUUUUUUAUCAAUAUGCAUCAAUCUGAAUAAGCUUGUUAGGCUGCGUUGAGCAACUUAUGCUCAGUAGUCGGAUGAACCAUCAUUCUUCAGGAAAUUGAAGUGACGGCAUAUUCCAUUGCAAAUCACAUUUUAGAACAGUUUGGGGACCUAUUAUAUUUUUUUUUCAAGAUGUAAAUAAAUUCUAUGUAGGAGUGAAAUACUGAAAUCAGGGGUGGACAAUCAACAUAUAUGGUAUGUACAAGAAAUAAAGUGGCUUUUGCUCCCCUAGCCAUUUAAUUUGUGUUUGUUAGUUUGAUAUUUGUAGGAAGUGUUUUGUUACUUCUAAAAUAAUAUAAACUUAAAAUUCUUAUAACAUUUCUCAAUUUCCUUUGCUGUA